AUGGAGGCUUCAACUUGUGAAGAGACCAUAAAUUGCAUAUAAAUUCAAGAAAGCAAGAGAUUCACUUUUGAAAAAAGAGUAUUAGAAGUCUAAUAAAUAAAUGAAAACUAAUAUUUAGUUUUAGCAUAUGGCUGUACUUUUGCUUUAGUAGACUAAAAUUGGAACAUAAUAAAUGUGUAAGUCUUGUAAAAUUUAGAAAAUUACAAUGAUUUAUAUGUUGAAAAUGGAGUAGAAGUUGAGAUAAAAGGUUUUAUAGUAGGAGAUUAAGGGGGAUGUUCAGCAGGAAGCAAGAUAAUAGUUGUUAAUUUUAAAACACUAGAAGUAGUUUUUUAAUAGAAUAAUACAAACUACGAUUACUCAGUUAGCUAUGUGGAUUCAAAAAACUAAAUUGUUUUUUUAAGUUUAUUCUAUGUUUUUUACUUAAAUUUAAAACUAUACAUUUACAAGUUAUCUCAUGCAGACAGAUCUUGGGUUAUUUCAAUUAGCAGUUUUGGACUCAAAUAGAUCUUUAAAAUUUAAUAAUAUUAAUUAACAAAAUUUGGAUGA